AUGCCUAAACUCGCCUCCUUGUUGUUGCUCGGCCUUUGCGGAUGGAGUGCCGCCCAAGAAGGUGGGACGACCGAUUCUGUUGUUACCCAUUCUUACGCUCGCUUGCCCUGCGGUGCUCGUUCUCUCGAGAGCUCUUCUGCGUUGCCGUCACCGACUUCUGUCUUGUCACCUCCUACAUCUAUCUCGGACACUCUCUCGCCGGCUUCUGAUACCAGCACGGCUAGCAUUAGCUCGACUUUGUCUGCUAACACGGACUUAGCCGUCACUGUUGCUUCCGAUGGAAGCGGCCAAUACACCAACAUUAACUCGGCCAUCUCGUUCGCCCAGGCCAACAAGAUUGCCACGGUCACUGUCAAAGCCGGCACAUACACCGAGACCAUCGCGAUUCUGGCCACAGCCACCGUCACCGUUGUUGGCGAAACCGCAGCCACUGGCAGCAGCUACUCUGACAACCUCGUCACCAUCAGCAACGGCGGUGGCACUGUAGCGCCAGUCACCUUUAGCACAAGCGUAUCAAAUGGAGUUUCUUGGAGGAACCUCAUCUUCGUCAACUCUAACGCCGCUUCGGCGGCUGGCUUGUUCUUCCUCAGGGGCUCCCGAAAUGCCUUUUAUUCCUGCCAGUUCAUCGCCGCCGGCCCAAUGGGCUUCACGGGUAGUUAUGCCUCGGGCGUGAUCGCCAACUCCUAUAUCGAGGUCGCUGACAAGGCCCUUGCUUCUUACGCCAGCCUGUACGUGUACGGCACAGUCAUCACCGCCACCAACAACAAUGCCCUGCUGGUGUAUAACAAAGGCGCGGUCGAUUCGACCGGCAAGCAGUACAACUCCACGGUCGUCUUUGACACGUGCCAGAUUGCCCAAAAGACGGGCAAGACCAACACCAACGUAUACCUGGCGGCCGCCAACGGCGUCGGCUCGGCGGUCGUGUAUCGCGACACUGCUAUAGCCGGCUUCGUCGCCAGUACCGGUGUCUAUGUCGAUGCCACAACGCAGAACGCCCUGAACACCUAUAUCGAGUCUGGCACCUUUGGUGCCGGAAGCUAUCCGAACAAAGUUGCGGCUCGCAGCCCAUAUAUCUCAUGGGUCACUGAGAUCUCCCGCCUUGUUCCUUACGACAUUUCCGUCUUCUUCACCACAGCGUUCCCGGCCGUCGCCGUGCAUGAUGUUGACUGGAUUGAUGCGUCUGUCUUGGCCUUGAUCAAGAGAAGCUCGAGUAGCCCGGCCUCCUCCUCCGCGUCUUCCUCUACGACAGCCUCCUUUGCCACCACCAGCCUGUCGACGGACGUUAGUGCCACGAGCACGAGCUCCAGUAUUUCCGAGACGAGCAGUGGCCUUACUGCGUCUUCUAGCCUGUCUUCGGCGAGCGAGUCGGUAACAUCGAGCUCUGCCACAACUUCCGCCACCGUGGUAGCAUGUGUGCCAUCAUCGAUGCCAUCUACGGCCCUCGUUGUUGGACCGGCAGGCUCCUCGUGCGCCACUCACAACAGCAUCGCUGCGGCAGUGGCUGCUCUCCCCGCCGACGCGACGACCCAGUACAUCUACAUUCUGGCUGGUACAUACAAUGAAAAUGUCUCUCUUGUCCGCACAGGAGCCACCAUUGUGCGGGGCGAGACCGACAGUGCGCUCACCUCAUCGUCCAACAAGGUUACCAUACGCAAUGCCGCGGCUGUCCUUUCCAGCGCAGGCGGAUCGAGCGGCACCGCCACGUUCUCCGCCAAUAAGUACGAGGCCAAGCUGGUGUCGUUCUACAACAUCAACUUUGAGAACAGCUACCCCGCCCAAGCCAACUACAUCGCCGUUGCUGUUCUUUCUAAAGGUACAAAAGUGGGGUUCUAUGGCUGCAACGUCAAGUCCUCCCAAGGCUCCCUCUAUCUCGACUACGGCAACGUCUUCUUCACCGGCGGUCGUAUCGAAGGGACCACUGACUUUAUCUGGGGUAUCGGCGCGGCAUAUUUCCAGAACUCCGUCAUCGUUUCCUCGGGCACAACCACUGGUCAGACAAUUGCCGCUCAGAGGUUCCAGAGUUCGUAUGGAGGCUCGCAGAUAGUCUUUGACGGAUGCGCCGUGGUCCCGGCAGACAAGACCGUCCCCCAGGCCAGCGUCUAUCUUGGCAGGGACUACAGCACCAACGCCCAGGUGGCCUACAUCAACUCCUACCUCGACGGCCACAUCCAGGCGGCUGGCUGGAACGUGGCCAAUGCGGCCACCUUCACAGGCACUUUUGCCGAGGCAAACAACACCGGACCCGGUGCCAUCAACACCGGACGCAUCUCAGCAGUUCAGUUGCUGUCUGACACUUCGGCCUACACCGCCAAGAAGGUUCUUGCCGACGACAGCUGGCUAGACUCUUCUGCCAUUGCUCCUCAGCAGGCCUGGCCUGAUUCGGUCUAUGCCGUGGCCUCGACGACCACGGUUGCAACCUCAGUGACCGCCACAGCUGCUACCAGCUCAUCCGCUUCUGCUGCCGCCACAUUUACCGUGGCCCCGACUCCGGCAAGCGGCGAAUUUGGCACCGUCUCCUCUGCUGUUGCUGCUCUUCCCGCCGACGGCCAGGCGUACACCAUUUACAUCAAAGCUGGAACCUACGAGGAGCAGGUCAGCAUCACGCGGCGCGGAAAGGUUACGCUCCGUGGCGAGACUACAUUCGAGAACGACUUCACUGGCAACAAGGUCCUCAUCAACUUCAGUCGGGGUGUCUCUACCAGCCUCGGCCAAAACGAGCAGACUCCUGUCAUGAACUGGAAGAACGCCAAUGGUGACGGCCUGGCCUUGUACAACAUCAACUUCACAAACACGUACCCCCAACAGUCGAACACUGCCGCGCUUGCUGGAGACUUCUUUGGCACCAACAUGGCUGCGUACGGCUGUGCCUUUGACGGAUUCCAAGACACCCUUCUUGUGAACCAGGGUGUGCAGGUUUUCAGCAACUCGUACAUCAAGGGAAGUGUUGACUUCAUUUGGGGCUACAGCAAGGCCUACUUCCAUCAGUGCUACGUGGCGUCCAACACCCCGAACGCCUACAUCUCGGCCCAGAACAGGCCCAAUGCUGCGUGGGCUGGUGGAUUUGUAUUUGACAAAUCCGUCAUCACGUACACAUCCAGCUUUGGGUCCAGUUUCGGAAACACCUUUUUGGGCCGUCCAUGGUCCCAGUAUGCUAUCACAGUCUACAUGAACUCCUUCCUCGACAAGCACAUCUCCCCUGCUGGUUGGAGUGUCUGGCAGACAAGUAACCCCCAGACCGCGAACGUCCUAUUUGGCGAGUAUAACAAUAUUGGCCCUGGCAAUUGGACCGGCUUUCGGGCAUCAUUCGCUACUCAGCUCACUGAGGCCCAAGCCGCGCAGUACUCUCUUGAGAACUUCAUUGGAAGCACCAGCUGGAUCGACGCCGAGGCAUUUGCAUACACUCCCAGCUACAGCCUCACCGGGCCUCCCAAUACCCCGGACACGAGCACCCCUGCUAACCCAGUCCUAACCCAUCCCACGAGCGGCACUGAGCCUCCCUCCGGCGCGGUGCUCGUUGCUGCCGAUGGCAGCAUUUCCGGCGCCUUCACGAGUCUCACUGCAGCGCUCGCGAGCUUGCCCUACGAUGCCAGCAAUCAGGUUAUCUUCAUGUAUCCCGGAACCUACAACGAGCAGGUGCCUGCCAUUAGCCGUCCAGGCCCGGUCAUGAUCAUUGGAUACACCAGCGACGAGCCUGGCAAGAGCUUCAACGGCAACCAGGUCACCAUCACCCAAGCCCGGGGCCUUUCAGUCAGCCCCCCGCCACCUGGGCAUUCCAACGCCGAGACAGCAACUAUCGCUACAGCCAGCUCCAAUAUCUCCUGGUACAACAUCAACAUGGUCAACUCGGACAACCUGGAUGGCUCCAUCGCCAACUAUGUCACUCUUGCGGCCAGCAUCUAUGGAGACAAGAUCGGCUUCUACGGCUGUUCCUUUGUUGGAUGGCAGGACACCCUCCUCACUGGCGCCACGAAUGGCAUGCAAUACUAUGAGAGCUGCUAUAUUGACGGCGCCAUCGACUUCAUCUGGGGUUAUUCCAAGGCAUACUUCAAGGGUUGCACUAUUGCUGCGAAGCGAGCCAAGUCCGCCAUUACGGCUCACAACCGCGCCAGCCUGUCCGCCACCGGGGGUUACAUCUUCGACCAAUGCCUCUUCACCGAAGCCCCAACCGCUACUGUUGACCUCAAGGGGCUCGUCUACCUUGGCUGCCCCUAUUCCCAGUACGCUCUUGUUGUAGUGAAGAACAGUUACCUCAGCGAUGUCAUCCAGCCAGCUGGCUGGAAGGUCUGGUCCACGACGGACCCUCGUACCGACCACAUUACCUUCGCCGAGUACAACAACACCGGUCCAGGCAACUGGGAGAACAACGUCGGUGCGCGCGAGGCUUUCCAGUACAGUACUCUUCUGACAAGUGACCAAUACACCUUGAGCAGCGUCAUGUCGAGCACUGACUGGAUCGACUUGACCUACUGGGAUCAGAUCCAGACACCUCAACCAGCGGUUGUCAUCCCAGCACCCCCAGCCGUCUACGAUGGCACUAAGCCUCCAGCCGGUGCUUUCAUCGUGUCAAAGACUCCGAUCGAUGGCCAGACAACAUACGACACCAUCCAGGCUGCGCUCAAUGCCCUCCCUGCUUCUAGCAAGAUCACGGCAACGGUGUUCAUCUACCCCGGUACCUACAACGAGCAGCUCAUUCUCAGCAAGUCUGGCACUACCAUUCUCCUCGGCUACAGUUCUGCUUCGGUUGACUACUCCAAGAACGAGGUUACCAUCAGCUUCAACAAGGGCAUUGACACGCAGGCCGACGCACCAAACUCCGAUUCGGCAACUGUCUACGCCACUGGCAACUACGUUCAGGCGGUUAACAUCAACUUUGUCAACAACUUCGGCACUACCUCCAACUUUGCCUCGCUCGGCUUUGGUGUCAAGAGCAGCAAGUAUGCUUCCCUCUACGGCUGUCAGGUCUACGGAAACCAAGACAGCUUGCUCAUCAACGGCUUUCUGUUUGCCUCCAACUCAUACGUCGAGGGCAACAUCGACAUGAUCUGGGGCUCUGGUGCCGCCUACUUCCUCAACAGCACUAUUGCUCCCAACCGUGACGGAGUUGCGCUUACCGCCAGCAAGCGCAGCACUAACACCACCGCUGCGGGUUUCGUUUUUGACCAGUGCACCAUCACACCUGCCCAGGGCGCCAAGUACUCGUCCGUCUCUCUGGGCAGGCCUUGGAAUCCGUUGGCUCGAGUGGCUUUCAUCGACAGCUAUCUCGACUCGUGCAUCGAGCCUAAUGGCUGGGAUUACUGGACGAAAACCGACCCUCGUACAGAUGGCGUCUUGUUUGGCGAGUUCGCAAAGGAUGGGCCUGGAUCCGGCCUGUCUUCGAGGGCAGCUUUCGCUACCCAGCUCACUGCUGAUGCCGCAGCCCAAUUUCAGCUCGCAAGCUUCUUUGCCACAACGUCGUGGAUCAACAUGACUCUGGUUUCCGCUGUACCGUUCAACGCUAGCGGUGUGGCUGUGCCUCCCAUCAUUUCGAGUUCGAGCAGCAUCCCUGCUACGACCACGACAGUGUUUACCACUCAGGUAUCUACAUUCAAGGAGACUUUGCUCACCUCUAUUGAAGCACUGGAAACUACGACAACAGUCAAGACCACGCUCACGAUCAAUGUCGCGACGACUAUCACUCCACCUGUUGUCACCAGGACAAGCGUAGUCAAGACAACCACGACCCAACUCGCCACUGUCCAGAAACCGGACGUAACGGUCACCCAGAAAACCACCACAACCGUCAAUAUUGGCACCACAGUCACGCCCGCACCUGUACUAACGACCUCUACCUCCGUGGCAACCUCGACCCACACGGAGAUCAUCACCAAGGAAGCUAAGGCUAUGACGGUCAAAUCAACUUCCACAACCACUCUCUGGACUACCAGCACGCCCAAGAUUGCAACCGCUACUCAGGUCAUCCGUACGACGCAGUCUUUCACCAGGACAAUCACGCCAAAGCCUGUACCGGUCCGCACAACCGAGACUCAAGUUAUUGGCGAUGGCAGCGCGACCACUACUACAGCCAAAGCGCUUACGACCACUACUACAGUCCUUUUUACAACGACUCGAGUUACCAAGCUGACGACUACUCUGAAGUGCAUUCCGACAAACGGCCCGGCCAAGAGGUCUCUUGAAAAGAUGAACAUCCGUGACAUGGACAUCGCAGCCGAAUAUCUCGUGGCUCGUGCCGUCGGCGAUACGACAAUUACUGUUACUGUCAUUUCAACCUACAGCACCUACGUGAAGACGUCGACAGUCACGCUCCCCGGCAGCACAGUCACUACGCAGCUUCUUACAACCAAGACGGAAGGAAAACCUACCACUCUCAAGCCGUCAACCGAAAUAGAGACUUCCGUCAGCGUGCAGACUCGAGCCUCGACAGUUACACUCGAUGGUGAAACCUCCACCACAACCGCCACUGCAGUGGUCUCGAGUGGUAAGACAAGCACACUGAAGCCAAGCACAGUCACUGUUGUAGUCCAGGACACGACAACUGUCGUCGCGCGAUCUACUACGACGCUGCCAGCUAGUACCCUGAGUGUGGUCGAGAUACAGACACGCGAAGCUACGAGCGUGCUGCCCCAGCAGACCGGUACUAUGACUCGGCAGGAAGUCUCUUCUACGACGGAAACUGUAGUCCUCCCAGCUUUGACAGUGACCGUCUUUACAACAGUACGCUCUACUAUUCAGCCGUCUGCAACUAUCACCAACCGCGCAACGGUUACAAAGACGAGCACAUCUCGGGUUACUGUUAUAACUACUAGCUGGGCGACGAAGACAAGUAAGGGUGCCCAGCUAUGCCCGACGGCCUAA